ACGCGUGAGAUCAAGUUAAUUCCUCUUUCAACACAACCAGGUUGCUGCCUAAGCCAAAGCUGAACCUCAAAUACUCAAAUUGGCCGGCAUCCCCACGAACUGUUGGUACUUAUCUCAUCCUCGCGACAAUGGGUAAUCCUCCUUCGCCAAAGCCUUAUCAAGAUGACCCUGAUGCCGUGUCGCUACACACGACAGCGGGGGAAUCCUCAUACGCUCACAUCGAGGACGAUGCUCUCAACGGCGAUGAAGCACCACCGCCUGCAUACCAUGAUACACCGACUCUAGGGUCAGGUACUCCAGCGACGGCUGCUAUCGACAGCACUGAUAUUGAAGAUGAACUUCUUCAAACAGGCGUCACCCGGCCCGAGUCUCACAUAGCCUUCACCUCUAAUCGCAUUGGUCAAAAGCGUACUCGUAUCGGUAACGAAGUGAACGCCGUGCGAGAUCCCCGCUCCGACGCGGAUCCAGUAUUUCUCGAGAAAUGGGUCAGAACCAUGGCAACAUUUCCUCCUUCGCCGUAUAUCAACAUAACGGGAACUCACAAGGAAACCAAGCGCGAUAGCGACGGCAAGAGCAAGCGUGAGGAGGUCACCGAUUUUCGUAUCAUGGUGAAUUUGCAAAAUUAUCUAUAUCCCAAUUUCAUCACGGGUGCUAUUGGCUACUCGACGCUCAAGACUGUUGAGAGUGGUGAGAAGACAUAUCGCGGCACGGUCUUGAAGAAGCGUCAGGACGGUGUGAAAGGUGAUAUCGAGGUUGGUCAUGCGAAACCGACCCUGAAGGAAUGGUGUCAUCGUUACUGUGCUAAAGCAGCCGGUACCAAAGUGUUCCGUUUGACUAGAACAGUCACCGGUAUGGAUGAGACCCUCUUCCGCGAUCGUCUGACAAAUUAUGUCCGAAGCUCCAACUACAAAGGCAAUCUCACCAUCGAAUUCCCAGUCGCCGACCGAGCAGUCGACAUCUACUCGUCCAAUCGCCUGAACACGUGGCGCCUGACGACCUGGAUCUGCUGGAUCUUCUACCUCACGUUCCUCUGGAUUUUCUCAUGGCCAAUCCUAUUCUUCAUCACAAAGCGAUAUCAAGUCGUCAGCGCCGAAUGGCCAUUCUCUCGGACCGAUGCAAAUGGCCAGAAGAGCUAUACCACCGUGAGCGAGCAGCAAUGGGUGGACUUGUAUGGGCCCGCCAUCAAGCAGCUUUGUCUGGACCGAUAUGAAGGCUUGGCAGGUGAUGCGUUUUUGAAUCAGGUUCUAGAGAGGGGGGAUGCGAACACGGGAAACCCGGGUAUUGAUACGAGGGCUGCUAUGGGAGUCGCCGCUGCUGCCUUCCAGGGCGGACGAUUCAAUGCUGUCAGCGGUGCGAGGAGUCUGAUGCGAAUUGCUGGGGCGUCGAGUGACCAGAUCGGUUGGGGGUUUGACACGUGAAUGUAGGAGGAUGGUGGAAAGAAAGGUUACAGUUUCUCUGAAUCAAGAGC